CGCAGUUCGAAUGUCAACGUCCGUCCCGAGGACAACAGCGCACCGGAAGUGAAGCUAGUGUACCGUUCACGCUCAGUGAGCCAUGGUUCGUGAGCGCGUGGUCCAGAAAAAGUCGUUCCAGCAGAGUCUGGACGACAUUAAGGAGAAGAUGAAGGAGAAGAGGACCAAGCGUCUGGCGAGCGCGUCUGCUGCGAGUCGAGGGCUCUCCAAGCUGAAGAACACGGCCUCGGUGAAGCCGUUCGUGCUGAAGAGUGUGCAGGUGAAUAACAAGGCGCUGGCGCUGGCUCUGCAGGCCGAGCGGGAGAAGGUACGGCAAGCGCAGGGGGUCAUUCUGCAGCUGAAGAGAGAACGACAGGCGCUCAUCUUUCACCUGCUGAUGAUGAAGAGGGCCCUGACUGAAGGGGGUGUGGCCAGAACUACACAGGCGUCUCCUGUAGACGAGCAGAAGUUAGUCGUCCGUCAGGAGACCAGGCCCAGGGUUGAUGAACAGACUGAAGCUGUGACUCAGGAGAAGAAGCUUUGCCCCCUCGAGUCUCUCACUCAGCAGGAUGAAGACGAAGUUUUUGGAGGCUCCAGUAAUAGCGAGGCCUCUUUGCCCUCCACUGUCGGAAUGCGUCGUCUGCGAGGUGGACGGAAGCGCUCUGAGCGGAGGCGGAGCUCGCUGUUUAGUCCUGCCUCUAUGGAUACUUGUGUAACGGAAGAGGUGGAGCCUCAGAACUUUGAACACAGUAGAGUUGUCCAGGAUGUCACUAAACGUGAACCUGUCGCUGAAAAGACUGCGGCCAGAUGUCGGAGGUCGCUCCGGACAGAAUCGGUUGAUGCUCCUAAAGCGGCGCUGGAUUCCGAGCUUUCGGACUUCUCGACCGUGCAGCAUUCGACCCCGGAACCGCCACAGCGCUGUGUGUCCAGGCAGACAAAGAGGAAGGCAGCGCAGUCUGCGACCAAGCCAGAGCCAGGCUGCAAGGCAGAGCGUGCACCGCUGAAGAAACCCUGGGAGAAGCCACGUGCCCGCUCUAAGACUCGCGCGGCGGCAGGCGGAUCUGCUCCCGCUCCCAGCGACAGGUUGAACUCCUCACUGGGCAGCAACGACACGUUCGACUUCGACUGCGAGGAGGCCGUCCACAUCACGCCUUUCCGAGGAGGAAGUAAAGCCUCUGAAGCCCUGCCUUCUCCCGUCACCAUGCCCUCUCCUGUUGCUCCGCCCCCUCCUGCUCCAGCAGACGAGCACUCCAGCUCUUCAGACAUAGAGCAGGACUCAGACGACAGCCUGUAUGUUCCAGACAGGAAGUUCAGAAGGACUCGCGACCCCCCGCCGCGUCGUGCCCGCUCCAAGAGAAGGUCCGCUAAGACGCGAGGGAAGGAGAACUCCGCACCAAAGCAGAACCGCGUGGGUUUGGAGUUCUCUGGACCUAUAAACACACGUGCAGGAGGUACAGACGCCUCCCUGUCGACGAACACAGUACUAAAUCUCCCACAAUCCCCUGCUGCUGACCUGCCGUUCACAGAGUUACUGUUAUCUCCAACUGCUAAAGAGUGCAACCCGUCAGCUCCAGACCUGGAGUGUGCUCAAGCUGCUGCAGUUGGAAAGGAAGAGGUGUCUUCUCCACCUGAUAUCCCUGCUCCAAAGGUGGGGCUUAUGGUGAUUGACAGUCCUUUAUUUGAAUUGACAAGCUGCCCGAACCAAUUGUCAGCGCAGGAGAACAGCACAGCUGUGGUGAUGGACAAGACGAGGAGGAGGAAAGGUGGUCUCGUUGUUCGUUCCUGUCUAGGCUUGGCUUUGAGUGACGUGACAAAUCUCUCCCCUGCAGUCUAUCAGACGCCUCUGCAGGGCCGAGACUCCACCCCCAGCCACGGCCGCAAGAGACGCUGCACCGGCAUCGUCAGCUAUAAGGAGCCGUCGAUCAGCUCUAAGCUGCGGCGUGGAGACAAGUUCACAGACACACAAUUCCUGCGCUCGCCCAUAUUUAAGCAGAAAUCUCGGCGAUCCCUCAAAGCCAUGGAGAAAUACAACGAGUCUUUUGUGGGCUGUCGCUAAGAGUUUUUAACCUACAUCCUGCCUUGAUGCGUACCGCCGCUCAUGCUCCGGCAUUACAACUUAAAGUCGUUUUAAAUAUGUACAUAUGAUAUUGUGUGUGUUUUUAUUACCUUUAAAUGACAACCCCAUGUAAGGUGUUUUUUGUUCUGUUUGUUUCUAAUAAAUCUCAUUUAGAAA